ACGUUUUAACUUUUAUUAAUUGGUUCCCUUUAAUUGGUAACCAGUCAAUUGGACCAAAAAUGAACUUGGUUGCAAGAUUUCAAAGAACUCUGCAAAAUCUGUACUUUGGAUUCAGAUUUAAUGCUCCAGCACUAGCCACUGCGAAUUGCUUACCGGAGAAACAGAGAGAUAGGUCAUCAUUUCCGACACUUCAGGAAUGCUUUGAGAGCAUCAUGAGGGCAGCUGUACCAAAGAAGAGACGAUCAAAAGAAAAACGAAAAAUGAGAAAGAUGGGCCAUUACCAAACAUUCUUGCAAGAAAACUUAAAAGAACGCAGAGAGAUUUGUCUGACAUGUGGGAAUUUUUUUAGACGAGGAUUUUUGUGUGAUCAUUGCUACAAUACUGCAAAACAACAGACACUGAAAAUAUGGAAGGAGAUAGGUGAAAAAUACAUGAAUUUUCAGUAUUUCACUGUGGAUGAUAACCCUGACAAUGUUAAACGGACAUUUAGAUUUGAGAAAUUAAAAGACUGGUUUCAUGAUGAACAAGAAGAGAAAAGCUCAAACACAGAAAAGAAAGAUCCAAGCACUUCAAGUUCACCUGCACUUAAAGAAUCAACUCCAAAUCCAUAGAAUUUUAUCUGUCAUUUGAGUGGCUAUCCGACCUUCGAUGGAUGAAUAUUUCUGAAUCUUUAAUUUAUUAAUAAAUGAUUUAGAUUUACA